AUGUUUACAUUUGUGAAUUCCAACUCAUUUCCGAACAUAACGUUUACGAGACGGACAUUUAGCAAGAUGCGCUCCCAAAUUAUCAUAUUAACCUUCGCCAUCCUCCUCGUAAUAGUACAAAGUCACUGGAGUCCAAGAAGUGAAGACAGAUGCAUCAACUACUUUAGAAAUGGAAGGAACUUCGAUUUGAAUCAGAUGAACGGCGAGUUCUACGCUGUGUAUUUCUGGCCGCCGAUACAACGCGAGAGAGACGCCUGCGGAGUAUUGAAUUUCAGAAUCAUGUCGGACGAAGAUGUGGAGGCGGCGACAGCUGAAUGUGAUGGCGUUAUCGAUGACGAUGACACAGUAGUCCAAGCUACGUACAGGAACAGCACAGGGAAACUGGUCAAUGUGAUUUACUUCGGUAAUGAAGAAGUGAAACAUUUAUUGAGGUCGUGCGACAAAGUGUACAAGUAUUUAUUUAUUAGAAUCAAUGAUGACUACGUGAUGGGUAUCAACUGCUCGUCUGGGGGCCGCGGCAUGCUGCUGGCGAAGUACUUGCCCGGUCUAAGCGAGGUGCAGAGGGUUGUCAGGGGCAUUGAGUUUAUGACGGGUCGGGAGGGCAAACCCGACUGUCCGUUACCAUAAUGCUGUGAAUAUUUAUACAUAAAGUGUG